GCCAUUUAAAAACAACAUCAAAAGAAGUCGAGGAGAAACGGAAAGAAACAGGAAGAAGAAGAAGACGAGAUCGGUUCCACAAUGACUUCGACCAGGAGACUAGGCAAGGAGCUUGAUGACAUCCGCAAAUCUGGGAUGAAGCAUUUCCGCAACAUUCAAGUGGAUGAAGCAAACAUCUUGACCUGGCAAGGCCUCAUUGUUCCUGAUUGUGCUCCGUAUGACAAAGGAGCGUUUCGGAUCGAGAUCAUCUUCCCCGCCGAGUACCCCUUCAAGCCUCCCAAGAUCACCUUCAAGACGAAAAUCUACCACCCCAACAUUGACGAGAAGGGUCAGGUCUGCCUGCCCAUCAUCAGUGUGGAGAACUGGAAGCCAGCCACAAGGACCUGCCAAGUGAUCCAGUGUCUCAUUGCUCUGGUGAACAUCCCUCAGCCCGAGCACCCGCUGAGGGCAGACCUGGCAGAGGAAUACACUAAAGACCGCGCAAAAUUCAUGAAGAACGCCGAGGAGUUUACAAAGAAACACAGUGAAAAGCGACCUGUGGACUGACAACACAACACUGACACUGUUGGCCUCCUUUCUGUUUCCUGUUCAAAGAGCUCACCCUGACUGUCUGUUCUUAUCUCUAAACCACACAGAGAUGCCCUGUUCUCGCGUACCUGCAUUGUUUUAGCACUCUCCAACCACUCCUUAAUAGAGGCUUGUGUUUCUGUUUCACUUUGCCAAAAAAAAAAAAGAAAAGGAAAAAAAGAAAAGCAGGACUUUUUUUUGGUGAAUAGGCAGGCUCUGGUCUCUAGGUGUCACCUUAUGGUUUGUUAAUGACUUCUUUCUACUGAUUUCUUUUUAGAAAAAAAUAAGAAAAUUGUCAGAGGUGGCAUCCUGGAAAGUAAAUUGUCCAAAAUAAUGAAAAGUGCUGUUCUGCUUACUUAAAUGUUGAAUGUUCUCUCAGAUUAAUCAUUAGCUUAUGCAGACCUGUUUACAGAUUUUUAAGCUUUGUUUUUCAAGUUAAAACUGCUCAGCAUCCGAUGCUGCUGUUUAUAUCUGUUGUCUCUUUUAUUUAGCUUUUUGUUUCUGUUUUCCCUCCAGAUGCACUGUACUCUUUUGUUACUGAUGCAGAAUUACACACAGUUUAUCAGAAAUUUAUGACGACGUUCAUGUGUCCUUUGAAAAUGUCUUUGUAUUUUGAGAUGUUGGGGAAAAUAAAUCCCUUAUAAUUAAAAUCCUUCCACCUCUGUUGGCCUCCCAGGAAAGUGCAUACUGUCAGUGAGCGUUCAUUUUCAUGCAGGUGGGGAAUUGGAUGUUUUUGUUUUGAUGACCUAACUACUGGAUGUCUGGAUGUCGGACAGAAGUUCCGCGGCACUUAUCGAUUUCUUUUGUUCUUAAAUUUUGUGACCUUAUCUUCUCUUGUUCAAACACACACUGUUCACAGAGGAAAUGAGACAAACAUUUUUGGCUUUAAAAUAAUUAAAAACAUGCAGGUUU